GGGCGGGCCCGGCCCCGCUUCCCUCACGUCCCGUGUGCCUGCGGAGCCGCGCCGGCGGCGGGAGGCGGAGCCGGCCCGCCCGUAUUUAUGCUGAGCCCUGCCAGGAGCGGCGCCGUGAGUGUGGGGCGGAAGCGCCCGGCACCUCCUUCCUCCCGCCCGGGUGCAGGCGACGAGGAUGAGCCAAAGAGACACGCUGGUCCAUCUCUUCGCUGGCGGAUGUGGAGGUACUGUUGGUGCAAUUCUGACAUGUCCACUGGAAGUUGUAAAAACACGACUGCAGUCCUCUUCUGUGACUCUCUACAUCUCUGAAGUUCAUCUCAACACUCUGAAUGGUGCUACUGUCAACCGAGUAACCAGAGUUUCUCCUGGACCUCUCCACUGUCUGAAGAUGAUCUUGCAAAAUGAAGGCCCUCGAUCUCUGUUCAGAGGGCUGGGUCCUAAUUUAGUUGGUGUUGCUCCUUCCAGAGCAAUAUAUUUUGCUGCUUACUCAAAUUGCAAGGAAAAGUUGAACAAUAUUUUCAAUCCAGAUUCUACCCAGGUACACAUGAUUUCAGCUGGUGUGGCAGGCUUUACUGCGAUCACAACAACUAAUCCCAUUUGGUUGGUAAAGACACGAUUACAGCUUGAUGCAAGGAAUCGUGGAGAAAAGCGAAUGAGUGCAUUUGAGUGUGCCCGCAAAGUUUAUCGCUUGGAUGGCUUUAGAGGUUUUUACCGGGGAAUGUCUGCGUCCUACGCAGGCAUAUCUGAGACUGUUAUUCACUUUGUCAUUUAUGAGAGUAUUAAGAAAAAAUUACUGGAGCAUAAGACUGCUGCUGCCAUGGACAAUGAGGAUGAAUCAGCAAAAGAAGCAUCGGACUUUGUUGGAAUGAUGAUGGCUGCUGCCACUUCCAAAACAUGUGCAACAUCAAUAGCAUAUCCCCAUGAGGUUGUACGAACAAGACUAAGAGAAGAGGGAACAAAAUACAGAUCUUUCUUCCAGACACUCUCUUUGCUUGUGCGAGAGGAAGGGUAUGGCUCCCUUUACCGAGGUUUAACUACACACCUGAUCAGACAGAUUCCAAACACGGCUAUCAUGAUGUCCACCUAUGAAGUUGUAGUCUACUUACUUGAUGGAUAGCAGUGUGACAAGGUGGAAGAAGGUGGAAGAUGGAAAGACUGGAGUGGACCACUGAAUGUCAAUGCCAAUGUGGUGGGCUAAAGGAGCCUUCUAUCAGGAGCAAGCAGCUGUGGACAAAACAGAAGUUGAUUGUGGGCAACUCUGAAUAAUUUUGCUGCCUUUA